CUCCCACACUCUCUAUCUCUUCAGAUUCUGGACAUAACCCACUUCUGUUUGGUCACAUCCAACGGUUCAUGUUUUCUUGAGAUUGAGAACAGAAUUAUACAUGGGCCUGAGAAAGGCCCAGUCUAUUAUUUCGUGGGUCUUAUCUUUCUAUUAGUCUUGAAUUUUAUGUAUCAUUAACCUUGUUAUUAGUCUUUGAUUAUGCAUCAUUAGUUACGUAAUUUAAGUUUAAUUACUUUGAUCUCUAAGUUUUGUACCCACCACAACAGUCACAACGUCAUUAGAUACGUUAGCUUUCCUCAAUUUCUUUGAAGAUUCUCAUAACCUCGUAACAUUUAUUCAUUAUAAAUAGCCAUUUGUUCAUUAUCAUUUCUCAUCAAACAAAAAUAUAAAUCAUCACACAACAAUGGCUAAAGCAGAACAGAGCAGCAGGUGGAAUCUGCAAGGCAUGACCGCUAUUGUCACCGGCGGAACCAAAGGCAUUGGGCAUGCUAUAUCAGAAGAACUCGCAGGCCUUGGGGCAAAAGUACAUACAUGUGCAAGAGACGAAUCUCAGCUUAACCAGUGCUUAAAAGUAUGGGAAACAAAGGGCUUUAACGUCACAGGAUCAGUCUGUGACAUAUCGUCCCGUACAGAUAGAGAGAAACUAAUGCAAACUGUCUCCUCUCUGUUUGAGGGAAAUCUUAACAUCCUCAUAAACAAUGUAGGGACAUGUGUGACAAAGACAACCAUAGAAUCAACAGCAGAGGAUUUCUCAAAUCAAAUCUCAACAAAUUUGGAGUCUGCAUACCAUUUGUGUCAGCUUGCUCAUUCAAAUAUGGAAUUUUUUGUUAAGAGAGUCCAGAAACUGUCAUGAUUAUAAUGUGGAAUUUUGGAAUGAAGGGUUUCAAAGUUCAAAACAAUCACGUAAAAUUCUCUUGGUCCAUCCUCACAACUACUCUUGGUUUAUAUAUGUGACCUUCAUUUUUUUUCACCAAAUAUGUGACCUUCAUUGAAGAA